ACCACCGAUAACAUUAGCAGAUCGUCAGACAUGGAUGCACAAGUACUCGAGGGUCUUCGUCCGCCUCCCGAUCUUCGUCUUCUCGAAAUCGUAGGCUAUCAGGGUUGCCUAUUGCCAAGUUGGAUGGUAGGAGACCAACACCUCUUACACAAUCUUAUGUCUCUUGAGCUUGUCGAAUGUCGACAGCUAAAGCAACUCCCGACCCUUUCCCGAACCCUGAAAACGCUCGUGCUUUUUGCUUGCUCCUCCCUUCCAAUUGCCUCCAAAGAGGAUUUAGCAAUUAUUAGGUCCACGCAAGACUUAAGAAUUUCACAAGUAGUGACUUUUAUGGAGGGCUCGGUUGCUACGUACGGAUCCUGCAUUGCAUCGAAAAUAGAGUGGGAUUUACGGCGUGGGUAUGAUUCACAGAAAUUGUGCAAUUGGCUAGAAAAGGCAAUGGGCAUUGUCUACCAAAACCUGCAGGAGGAGGAGGAGGAGGAGGAGGAGGAGGAGGCGCAGCUAGUCCUGCCCUCUUCUCUUUACAGUCUUUAUAUCAGCUCAUGUCCGCUCACCGACAGCACAUUGCAGCAAGUUUUGCAAGGUCUUACUUCUAUCCGGUCCCUAGAUCUUUUUAAUAUUGUUUCUCUUACAUCCCUUCCCUCGGCGGAUGUGUUGGGAUGUCUGACGAUGCUUGAAGAGCUAUACAUCAAACAAUGCUGGUUCCUAACCUCGCUGGGGGGUUUGCAAGCCCUCGGCUCACUGGAGAUACUCACCAUAUCCUUUUGCCCCAGCCUAUCCGCAGAAGGUGGCAGCACCUCUAUCCUCCUGCCCUCAUCUCUAGAGUGGCUCGAGAUCGAGGCAUGUCAUUGGAAGCAUUUGGAUGAUUCGCAGCCUGAUCCGACUUCCGCAAUCGAUUCAGAGGGCUCGGACAUCCCAUUCGCGGCAUCCCUUCAGCUGGGUCAUCUGAAGUCACUCUCGAAAUUGAGCAUCACCUACUGUCCAAAUAUUGGUUCGUUGCUCGGUUUGCAAGAGUUGAAUAACCUUGGAGAUCUAACUCUGAUGGGAUGUCCGAAACUCGCCCAUGCAGAAACCAAGCUAGGGAGUCUCUCAAUAAGAUGGUUCAGCACUGAUGCUCCCUCGAUGCUCGAUGUCCUGCUCGCAGAAGAAGCCCUUGCCUCUCUCCAGCACUUGCGUAUUGCGGAGUUCAAAGAAGAAUCAUUCAGGUCGGAGGAAGAGCAAGUGUUUCAGCACCUCACCUUGCUCGAAUACCUAGUCUUCGAGAGUUGUAGCAGCAUCAAGUCCUUGCCCAACAACUUGGAAAGCCUAUCAUCCCUUGAAGGCCUGCGUAUUAUCAACUGCCCAAAUAUCAUAUCAUUAUCGGAUCUGCCGAGAUCACUUUUAUGUCUCCACUGGGAACACUGCAAUCCGGUGUUGAAGGGGCGAUGCCAAAAGCCUCAUGGCCAAGAUUGGUGUAAAAUAUCGCACAUCCCUACGGUAUCACUCGACUGAGUCGCCCUUUAGUAUUGGCUUGCUUUGCCAAAAUUCGGAGACUAGGUACCGAAGUGUAAAAAUUUGGAGGUCAAGCAGCAUCUGCAUGUUUUUGCCUUGGAAUAAAAGAGAGAAGCAUGUAUCUGCUGCUAAGUUAUACAAAUCUCAACAGCUGUUUAUGUUUGAUUUGUUUAUAAUCUGAUUCUGCUCUGCUGCGGGAGUUCGCAAAAAGCAUAAUAGAUGGCUCCAUCAUAAGAUAUCUAUCAUCUUGUGUUAAUUCUUCUUCUUCUUCUUCUUCUUUUUUUUACUCCUUUCUUUUGUUGUGAAAAUAAUCCGGCAGCGGUUGAAAACUUGUAAAAAAUUUCCAAUCAACUGCACUAGAAAAUUAGCUGCAAGAAUGUCAUCAGUUUGGGUUAUUUAUUCGGUAUUGUUCA